GGGCGGGCAGCUGGGCAGCGCGCCCGGGGCCCCGGCCAGGCUGGGCACCGCCACUCCGCUCCCAGCGCUGGAUCCGCAGCAGGAGCCCAUGGAGCCGGCGGGGCCGGAGCCAGGAGCCGGCGCGGGGCCGGAGCGGGGCGCGGAGGAGAUUGACAUGUCCCUGGAUGACAUCAUAAAGCGCCACAGGAAAGGACAAACAGGCGUAAAGUUAGUAGGGGACAAACGAAGGCAGCAAGUCAAGAACAGGAAUUCAGCAUAUGGAAAUGGGAGACCUAGGUUCCGUACCUGGAUGCAACGAAACCUGCAAGGACCCAGUCAAUUUAGAAGAGGGUUUGGACAGCAGCAGUAUAAUAGAAGACAAUUUAGAAGUGCCAUGGCUGGUCCAAGAAGAAGAGUAGCUGCCACGUUAAAUGGAGCGAGCCCUUUAAACCACCAGGCUUUAGCUCCAGAGGGCAACCAGAAUGAUGAAGUGCUUACAAAAGCUGACAGCGGACAGCCUGAAGCACAGAGACGGCUACCCCAGCGCCCCAAGAGAUUCAGAACAGCGGGAGUCACUGGCGAAGCCCCAUCUAGAAGGCCUUUCACGCUAAACAGGAGACCAGCCUUCCAGCAGAGGCAAUCCAAAGUCAGCUUUACCAGAGGGGUCAGUGUGCAACAGGCUCUUCAAACAGAACCACACGCGGAAGGGAAACGGCCACGGAUGAGAAGGUGGCACCUGCAGCCCAGCUCGGGAGCAGUUCUAACCAUUUCUGUGUCUAAUCCUCAGGCCAGCCACAUCCGUCUGCCGGGAAGCAAGCGACCAUUCCUCAGAGGUAGAAGACCCCCACCGAGGACAGCCAAGGCCCAGCCCCGAGGGGUGCCGCUAAGAUUCAACUUCCGUGCGAUGGCGAAUCAGACCAGCCUGACCUUGGACGAGAGAUUCUCCGGCCUCAGGAACAAGAGGCGUUUUACGGCAGCGAGGGACAGCGGCCGGACAGUCAUGCUGCCCUAGUGCCAUGUGCGUGGCCCGGGGAUGGCGGAUCCAGCCCAACGUGAAUCAUGGGCCACCAAUAAAACACAAUUGAUUCCCAUUCUGCCGGCUACCUUGGUAUUCCACCCUACCCUUGCGUACACACAGAGAGUCAAGGUACUGUCUGGGGCAGGACAACAAGAACUUCAGGGCUAAAGUCUUGGCCAGGCAGUGACCCCUAGAUCUGCAUAACUGCCCCCCAGCCAGGGAGUCGUGGGGCUGCUGUGGGCAGACAGAGGCCCUGGUAGCAUAUCUUUAAGGGAGCUGCAAUGCCAUGGAGCCGUGAUUCUCCAUCAUUGCAGGGAGACCCACCAGCUUUGGGAGCAAGUCUGGUCCCCACUGCCAGGACUACAGGGGGUGCUCCUGUGGCAGUGACUCCCUCACCCUACACUGCUUCCUGGGCAGGGGAGGAUGUCUGGCCCUCUGCCUCUCCUGGGGCCCCCUCAAGGCAUCCUGCCAGCCCCUGAGCUCCCAGGUCAGCACCCAGCCUUUCACUCCCAUUGGCUUCGCCCAGCAGCCAGCACUUGUUCUCUUCCAUAGCUUGGAUGGGGGUGCCUGGGAAGGCAGGGAGUCUGAGACCUGGGAGAUGGACCAGCACCGGGGUGCUGAAAGGAAAGCGUGCCAGUCUCAGGGGAACUUUGCAGGUGUCAGCGUUUAUUAGGGUGGUUUGCUUUAGUUCUUGUCCACCUGAAUUCUGAAUGAUUUAUUUAUGGGGCAGGCCAAGCACUUUACAGACAGGUGUGAAGACAGGGUCUGGGCGCAUGCACACACACGCUCUCUCUCUCUCUCUCACUUUUCCAUCACGGUCAGUGAACAG